AUGGAGUCUAUGGCAACUCAGUCGGUGGUGAACAUGGCGUACCUCAGUCUGGGAAUUGGGAUUCCGGUAACUACACUGCUCGGCGCAUCCUACACACGAUUCGCCUCUGAGAAAGUUUCCCGGACACAUUUUUACCGCGAAAGUGUGGUUCUAACAAGUAUCGCGUCGGUUUUAGAGCUCAGUACUGAACCCUUCUUUGCCGUAGUCCAGCAUUGUAUGCUCUACAAGAUACGGGCAAUUGUCGAGAUGGUAGCAGCAUUUGCCAAGAGCAUCACGACAUGUGGCAUAUUCGCAUGGGCAUCUUGGAAUGGCUACGACAUCGGUAUCCUCCCAUUCGCCCUUGGCCAUAUCGCCUACUCUUUGGUGCUUCUUUGCGGUUAUUCUGGGGCCAUCGCGUCUGCCCCGAGCCGCACACGGUUCUCCUUCCUGCUCACCCGAAUAAAGACAAGUGACAAAUCUGGCUAUAUCGCGGGCAUGUUUUCAGUCGAGUUGGUCUCGCUUUCUGCCAAUGUCUUUUUUCAAUCAGUGAUAAAACAUUUGCUCACUCAGGGCGAUACCAUGAUGCUUGCGGCAAUAUCAACCUUGGAGGAUCAAGGUGUAUACUCUCUUGCUUCUAAUUAUGGCGGUCUUGUAGCACGCAUACUUUUCCAGCCCAUUGAGGAGAGCUCCCGCACCCUUUUCUCAUCGCUACUCAGUGCAGGCGAAGCGCACAAUCUCAAACCGGCUAGGAUGCAUUUAAUCGAUGUAUUGAGAGCAUAUGGUGUCCUAUCUGCUCUCAUAUUUCCUUUGGGACCGGUCAUGGUUCCGCAGGUGCUUCACGCCUUUGGUGGUAGGAGAUGGACUAUUCCUGAAGUGGAUCGUUUGCUUUCUCUCUACUGCUUAUAUAUACCUUUCCUAGCAUUCAACGGGAUAACCGAGGCCUUUGUGUCGUCAGUUGCGACUGGGUCAGAGCUUCGAGCACAGACCGGUUGGAUGGGGGCAUUCUCGGCAUGUUUUGCCUUGGCGGCUUACACUUUCCUGAGUAUUGGCAACUUGGGCGCCCGUGGCUUGGUGUACGCCAAUAUGGUCAAUAUGACAGUGCGUAUCAUCUGGAGCCUGUCGUUUAUCAAACGUUAUUUUCGUCAAUAUGAGAACCACAUGGGAAUUGCCGAGUUCAGCCUCAGUCCCUACACAUAUGUCGCUGGCUCUUUGAUGACCGCUAUCACGAUCACUAGCCCGGGUUUGUUUGAUCGGAGUUUAAGUGGAUUGGUACAAGGGACAAUCUUCAGUGCUCUUUACGGCUUUUUCAUUCUAUAUCUUGAGAGAAAUUACCUGAAAACACUGUAUUUUAGGUUUCGCCAGAUCCGCAAGCCUGUAAUCUCAACUCACAAAGCACAGUGA